AUGUGGGCCCGGCGGCGGGCACAGCGCGGCGGGCACAGCGCGGAGGAGCUGCGGGUGCGGCGGCGGGAGCGAGAGGCAGCUCUGCGCAGGGCCCGGCGGCAGCAGCAGCUGGUCAGCAAGCGGCUCCUGCGGGAGGACAGCGCCGCCCACGAGGGGACACAGGAUGGAGCAGACACCGUGCCAGACCCGCUCUCAGAGGAUGAGGUUCUGGAGCUGCUCAGGGGUGUGCAGAGGGGUUCGGAGGACAGGAGGCGAUGGCUCGGCCGCCUCCGCUGGGCUCUGCAGAACGAGGACACUCAGCAGAAGUUUGUCAGGUUGGACGGCAGCAUCCGAACGCUCACCGGGCUCUUCACCAGCAGCCUGGCUGAGCUGCAGCUGGAGGCUGCCCGCUGUCUGCACGAGCUGUCCCACUCCAGUGUCCCUGCUGUGGCCGAGGCCUGCCUGCCUGUCACCUCCUACCUGCUCACCUACCUGUCGGGACACAGCCUGGAGCUCACGGAGCUGUGUUUGUACACACUGGGGAACCUCGUGGUAGAAAGUGAGGCUGUGAGGAAGCAGCUGCUGCCUCAGGGCAUUAUUCCAGUGCUGGCAUCCUGCAUCCAGUCCCCUCACGAGGCAGUGCUGGAAGGUGUGGGCUAUGUCCUCUCACAGCUCCUCCAAGCCAAGGAAGCACCCACAGAGAUCAUCCCGCUGGUCCUGGACUCAGCUCUGCCCCAGCACAUGCUCCAGCUGGUCUGCUCCGGCCUCAAGGCUGCCAUGGGAGCAGCUGUGGAGUUUGCCUGGUGUCUCCACUACAUCAUUUGUAGGCACAAGGACAACGAGCUGCUGCUGGCCCUGGGGGCUGUGCCCGCGCUCACCUCGCUGCUGCUCGAGCUGGCUGCACAAAUCCCCCCGGAGGCUCCCGAGGGCCUGGAGCUGCUGGUGUGCCCCGUGCUGCGGUGUCUCAGUAACCUGCUGGCACAGACAGACAGCCAGGGCCCGGACACACGGCUGCUCAUCGCCCUGUUCCUCAUCCUGCAGUGCUUCCUGCAGCAGCACCCCUUCCUCCUCCACGAGUGCCUCUGGCUGCUCAACAACCUCACAGCGGAUGAUCCCUCCUGCUGCUCUGCUCUGCUCUCCCUGGACCUGCUGCCAGCCCUGCUGCAGCUCCUGACGUGUUCCCAGAUGGGCACAGUGCUGGUCCUGACUGUGCUGUGCAACGUGGCACAGAAGGGACAGUUCCAGUGCCAGCAGCUGCUCCAGCAGCCCCUCCUGGCCCAGCUCCUGCCCCUGCUCACACUGCCUGACCCUGAGGCUGUGGGGCAGUGCCUGGAGCUGCUGCACCUCCUCUUCCUGCACUGCCCAGAGGCUGCUGCUGAGUUCACCAGGCAAGGUGGGCACCAGGCCCUGGAGCAGCACCAGGGCACUCCAGAGCUGCAGGAGCGGGCACAGGCACUGCUGGACAUGGUCAGGCAGCCCCCAGGAGCCCCCAGUGCCUGCCAGGCCACACUGGCUGCCUCCUCCUAGGCCUCACCCUCUCCCUUCCCUCUCCUGAACUGCCAGGGGAGGAAUAAACU